AUGGUGGCCCCUCUGAUACUCGGUGUCCAUCAUGAGACUGAAGAAGGCAAAGCUGCGUUUGACACAGAACUCGGCUGGUGGAAGUGCAAGUUUGCCCAUACGGCCCGGGAAAGCUUCAGUGCUAUACGACAUCAGGAUGCUUGGCUACCUUCACCUCUGGAACUCAAAUUUAGACGACAGUUUACCGAGGCCUGCCUAUCAGCUAUAAGCGGGAAGGUUCACAUAAAAAGGUUUGUCAAGAAGCUCAGGGAUUCAACCUCGAUCGUGGUAAAAGAUGUCUUUCAUACGGCAACAGACUUUGAGGACCCUUUUCCGCUGGACACGGUUCUGCAGGCCUACAAUGAUAUGGGAGAGGAGAACUUUAUUGCCCACAAGCAAGUGGUUGAAGAUCUAGAGGAAACGCCGAUUAUUCCUCUGCCACCUUCUCCCGCACCCACAUCCUCGCCUGCAGCAUCUACCUCUGUUGCUGCUCUCCCUACAUUGUCUCCUGCAGCCUUGACCUCGCAUUCAACUGGCGUAGGUGUCAACUUUAUUUCUUCUCCUGCCGCUGCUACCUUGGAAUCGACUCGGUUCAUCGUUACCCCCUCUACUGGCGUCUUGGUCAAUACAUCCUUCUCUACAAGUCCUCCAGCCGCCAGCUCAGGUUCAUCUACCACCACCACCUUUCCCAAUCCCGCUGCCAGUGCUCCAGCCUCUACUUCAGAUUCGACCACCACGACCACCUUUCCCGCUGCUGCUGUUCCCGAGCUGGUUAGAGCUGAACCUGUGGUUGGCAAGGAGGAGUACCAGUAUCUGGCAGGUUCUGUAGGAGAUCUGGCGGAAGGGUUGCAGGAGCUGUUGGAAAAGGUCGAGGUACAUCUGGAUCUGAUUGCCCUCAAGGAUCAGGAGUUAUGGGAGAACCAGGUCGACAUCCGCCAGAGGCAAGAAAGGGAACGGACAACCCUUUACAAUGCCUGGCAACAGACCAACGCCGAGAUGACCGCUGUCAAGAAAGAGAGUCGUGCGACGUCUCAGAAUCUUGGUAGCUUGCAGCAGAAGGAUCAAACUAUUGAUUCUCUGCAAAGACAGGUCGACCAGUUGACUCAGAACGCCGGGGAGGUUGCGGCCAAGGAUCAACUGAUCCAGUCGUUGCAACAACAGCUGGGCGAUCUGCAACAGCUCAUUGGGGAAGGCAAGGCCAAGGAUGAGGAGAUCACCUCUCUUCAGCAGCUGCCCGAGGAUAUGAAUCAGGCCAUCAGUGAGGAUUCGGCCAAGGAUGAAACGAUUGAGUCCCUACAGAACCGACUGGAAGUGGCUGCGUCUUGGAAAGGGCUCUUUGAAGAGCAGGAGAGGGAGAUGAUUGUGCUGCAACAAAAGGUGGACCAGCAUGAGAAUCUGAGCGGGAGCAUGAGGUCUAAGGACGCGAUCAUCGAGGAGCAACGUUUGAUCCUGCAAGCCAAGCAGAACAAGCUAGAGGAGAGGCACGCGGAGGCUGCCAGCUUCAAAACCGAGCUUGAACUAAAAAACGAGGCCAAGCAGAAGGAUCGGCUCGGAUUCCAGCUCAAGGAGAGGCAGAAGGAGGUGGCUAAGUUGAAAACCGAGGUGGAAUCGCUCAACUCCCAAGCGAGGCAGAACGACCAACUUGGAUUUCAGCUAGACAACCUCGAAACAGAGGUUGGGCGACUCCAAGCCGAAGCCAAGCAGAACAAUCGCCCUGGGUUUCAGCUGGAGGAGAAGCAGAAGGAAGCGAACAGGCUCGGAUCUAGCUUACACGAGAAGCAGAAGGAGGUCGAGAGGCUUGGUACCAGCUUGCAGGAGAAGCAGAAGGCAAUUGAGCAGCACAAGGAUCUCGCUGCUAAAUUGGUAGAGAAGCAGCAGGAGGUUGACGGGCUCGGAGCUAGCCUGCAGGAGAAGCAGAAGGAGAUCAAGGCGCACGACAACCUUGCUAUCCGGCUCAACAAGAGAGACAAGCAGCUCGAAAUUGUCCGAAAAGAGGUCAAGGCGCACGAUGCUCUUGCUACCCGGCUUGAAGAGAAAGAGAAGCAGCUCGAGACUCUCAGAAAAGAUGUCAAGGCAGGCAACGCUCUCGCUACUCAGCUCAAAGGAGGUCAAGGCGCACAACGCUCUUGCUACUGGACUGGAGGAGAAAGAGAACAAGCUCAAAGCGCUGAAACAGGAGGCCAAACAGCAAAGCAAUCUGACCGUCUCGCUCAAGGAAAAGGAGAAGCAUUCCAACAAGCCCAGGGACGAGAUACAGAACCUGAAGACGCCGGAAAGAUCGAGGCCGCAUCUGUGGCCAAUAUGGACUCCACUCGUUGGCGAUUGCCAUCCAUACUGUAUCACCGAGUGGAUCAAGCUGCCCAACCUCGACAGGACGCAGGGGUCAAUGUGAUCCCAUCAAAUCAGGUCAGGGUUUGCGAUUCCAGAGAUACCACCACCAUGCAAGAGAGCCCAGCACGGGUGGACGAGGAGGACGAGAAGCUAGUCGGGGAGUUGGGCCAGAUCCCAAGACAGCCCGUGGUAGAAUUAUCUGCUACCACACAGACAUCGCGGCGGUGUGCCGGCGAGAAGUUUAGGAAGAGGCGCCUACGGCACCGACGGUUCAAGUCAAUUAAUGGCUUUGGCACUAGCAGGCCGGCCCGAUCAGCUACGGGUGAAACAGCAGCAUCGUCGCCGACGUUGACGCUCAGGAUUAAGCUAACUACUGAUCUCGUAGAGGUCGUAGAGACUGCUGCGGGAUGCAUGAUGUCAUUGUCAACCCGAUACUGCCACAGCGCGCAGAGUCACUAUUCCACCUGUCAGCCCUCGCAUGAUGGCACAUGCACCAUCUUGACAGAGGGACUGGCUGACGAUGGACAUCGGGUUCUCAAAGCUGAGUGGAGAGCUCCAGCUGACGGAACUAGCAACGAAUCGAACAGCGAUGCAGCCGCACAGAUCCAGUUACCCUGCGUAUCACUCCACGUCGUCCAUCGUCCACCUGACGCACGAAUUCACGUACACGUACAGCAGCCCGCCGGAAUGACACCCUGGAAAGUUUACGAACUGUUGGAGGCCUCACAUGAUGAGCUGGAUCCCUCCUCGCGAGACGCCUCGAUCUUGAGUCAGGCGAUGGAGGCCACAGCAAAGUUCGCAACAGAAACAGAUCAGCAGGCCAUGGACGCACAAGUAGCUGAAGAAGAAAGGAAACGUGUUCGAAAGGAGGCAGCGGAACGGAUCGCUCUCCUCUACAGGAGACGGACCAGUGUUCAGGGUUGGAGAGCAAGUGUCGUCGCGGGCAGGUCACAGUUUUCAGACGCGAUUAUAAAGAUCGCCUCCGACAAGGAAUCGAGAAUCCCACGGGAAGCUGAAGUCACCUGUCUUGAUCAAGUGCUGCAGGAGUGUCAAAGGCCCAACCUGGACAAAGAGUUCUUGACAGCCGUUGUUGCCAAGGUUUUUCUUGAGCCUUUGAUGACCGAGUCAUGA